UGGGUGCAGCAUAUGGCAUGCAGGUCAGCAGGUGCAGUGCAGCGAAGGGUCGGUGACCCUUCAGUGCCGCUCACCCGUUCUCCCAUUAGGACACCUCGCCGCCCACCUGGCGUUGACUUUUUACGGCCGGUAAAAGGAGUGGGAACCCCGUAAAAAUUAGGUUGAAACGACAAGGCCCAUUUCACACACUGCUAUUUUUAAAAAUAAUUAAUAUAAAAUUGAAUAAUUUAAAUUUGUUGGGAUGGGUAAAGCUACAGCCUGUGUCAUAUUCUAUGGCAUACAACAUAUAUAUGGGAGAGAGAGUGGGUGCUGAGGGAGAGAUUUCAAAGGUUAUGGCAGGAGCAGUGAGAGCUUUUGGGUUGCAGUGAUCUUUUUGGGGGUCUCGAAAGAUAAACAGAGUAAGAUACAGGGAGGGAGGGAGACAGAGAGCAGGCAUUAAUUGGCAGGAAAGAGGAAAGGCUUUCUGCAUCUGAAUCUGAAUCUGCAUCUGAUUCACGGCCUCGUCUUCUUUCGUUUCUUAUCAAAUCCAUGCUUUUUCUCGCCGAGCCAUUUACAUCUCCCUCCUCUGUUCUGUUUGUUUCUUACGGAUCCAAUUCCGUGAACAGUUGCUAGCACUAUUGGGAUUUGUAGAGAGAAAGAGAGAGAAUGGUGGGUGGGUGGAGAAGAGCAUUCUGUACAUCCAUAUCUCGGGAUCGAAAUCAAGAAGCGACUGUGGUGACGGAGAAGAGCCCCAGAUUCGGCACCAAAUUCGGGUUCUUCUCGAACCCUUCCACCCCUCGUUUGCAGACGCUGCCAGUUUCCAGCCCCACACUCCGCUGCCGAACCACUGUCGCCUCCGCCGCCAGCGCGGCCGCCGCUCCUCCGGCACAUUCCGAAAGCUCUAGCCCGAAACUUCAAUGCAAGCUUCCCAAUAAUAACACCGCUGCCACGGCGAAGAGCCCGCGCCUGGUCUCCAAUCCAUCAUCGCCUCGUUCACCUUCUACUUUCUCCCUCCUCAAGUCCACCUUACGACUCUCGAAAAAUAGGUGUGGAAUCUGCUUGCAGAGCGUGAAGACAGGGCAGGGGACUGCUAUUUUCACGGCUGAGUGCUCUCACGCAUUUCACUUCCCCUGCAUAGCUGCACAUGUCACGAAGCACUCCGCCCUGGUCUGCCCCGUCUGCUCAUCUAACUGGAAAGAAGUGCCUCUCCUCGCCGUUCACAAGUACCAAAAUCCUCCGAUCGAUCAACACAAGAAGAGCAGGGAUUCAACUGCCAGAGAUUUGAAGAUCUACGAUGACGAUGAGCCAUUAACGUCGCCGACCUGCGGUGCUCGAUUCAAUCCGAUUCCGGAGUCCGACGAAAACGAUGAGGACUACGGCGGAAAUCAAGAGUUUCAAGGAUUCUUCGUAAAUACCCCUCCGCCGAAGAAGAAUGAAGCAGAUGAGCAGACGAUUGAUGCGAAAAAUGUUGUAGUGAAGUUGUCUCCGGAGGCUGCCGUGGUCUCAGUCGGCCGGAGUUACGAGACCUACGCGGUGGUUCUGAAGGUGAGAGCUCCGCCGGCUCCGGCUACAUCGUCGCUGUUAAAUCCUGCUCGUCGUGCUCCGAUUGAUCUGGUGACUGUGCUCGACGUCAGCGGGAGCAUGACCGGCGCGAAACUCCAGAUGCUGAAGCGCGCCAUGAGACUGGUGAUUUCUUCUCUAUGCUCCAGCGAUCGUCUCUCCAUUGUUGCCUUCUCUGGAAGCUCGAAGAGGUUGUUGCCUCUCAGGAGGAUGACGAUCGCCGGACGCAGGUCGGCGAGGCGCGUCGUCGACGGGCUGGUCACCAGCCAAGGCACCAGUGUCAGCGACGCGCUCAAGAAAGCCGCCAAGGUGCUCGAAGAUCGCCGCGAAAGGAACCCCGUCGCUAGUAUCAUGCUUCUGUCCGACGGUCGCGACGACCGCGCGUCCAACAAUUCUGCCCAUCGCAGCCGUUCAUCAACUGCCGCAUCCUCCACGCGCUUCGCGCACGUGGAGAUCCCCGUCCACGCUUUUGGAUUUGGCGUGAGCGGCGCGUGGGGUCACGAGCCAGCCGAAGACUCCUUCGCUAAAUGCGUCGGAGGCCUAUUGAGCGUCGUGGUUCAAGACAUUCGGGUCCAGCUCGGGUUCGUAUCCGGUUCGGCUCCUGCAGAAAUCGCAGCUAUAUACUCCUGCACGGGUCGCCCAACUGCUUUCGGAACCGGGUCGAUUCGACUUGGCGAUCUAUACGCCGAGGAAGAGAGAGGACUGAUCGUGGAGUUAAAAGUACCCACAUCAGCAAUUGGGGCCCACUACGUUCUCUCCGUACGAUGUUCAUUCAAAGAUCCAUCAUCGCAAGAGCUAAUCUACGGUAAAGAACAAGCUCUCCUCGUGCCGCGACCCCACGCCGUCAGAUCAUCGGCCCCCAACAUCGAACGGCUGAGAAACUUCUUCGUCACCACCCGGGCGGUGGCCGAGUCCCGGCGACUCACCGAGCGCAGCGACUUCACCGGCGCGCACCACCUGCUCUCCUCUGCUCGGGCGCUGUUGCUACAGUCAAGUUCGCCGUCGGCCGACGAUUAUCUGCGGGAGUUGGAGGCGGAGCUGGUGGAGGUGCACAGGCGGCGGCAGCGCCGGGUGCAGAUCCAACGGACGAGAGCCACCGAGAGGGGGAUUUCUGGCGACGAGAAGGCAGAGCCGCUGACGCCGACAUCGGCUUGGCGAGCCGCCGAGAGACUGGCUAAAGUGGCCAUUAUGAGGAAGUCGUUGAACAGAGUGAGCGACUUGCACGGGUUUGAGAACGCCAGAUUUUAAUUUUUAUAUUUUCUGAUGCAAAGAAAAAAAAUAUAUAAAUAACAUGAGAAAAUGUAUAAUUGAAAAAAAAAAAAAAAAAAAAAGGAAACAAAGAGAGGGGGCGAGAGAGAGAAACUCCUGGCGCAUGAUAGCGACAAGCAGGUACAAGACGGCUCGGCCCUUUCUGUGCACAGGAAAGCAACGGAUACUGUUUGGGGGAUUAUGGGCUUUUGGGGACCCCACAGAAAAUUUGAAUGGGCGGAGAGGCUGUGUUUGUCUCUAUUCUUCUCCUACCCUCCCCCAUUUGUUUUUGAAAAAGAAAGAUGAUGGAAUUGUGGAAUGGAGGGAAUAACAAUGAUAAUGGAGGAAGAGGGAAGGUGGGGAAUGGGAAUGGGGAUAUUGGGGGGAGGAGGGAAAUUGUCUUUGUUUCUUCUGUUUAGUUUGUAGAUUUUUCUUCUUUAAAUCUUUUUGUUUGUUGGGUAUGAAUCAGUGAAUGUGAUCAGCAGAAGAAUGUGUAAAUGUAUGUAGCAGAUGAUUGGUUUGGCUUCUCUUCUUAGAAAA